AUGAAAAAACCCAAAACCCUUAUAGCCUUGUGGCUAUUUACGAUCGUAGGAGUCUUAACUUUGAAAUAUUACGAAAAGCCCCAAUGGCUGCCCCUGGUUCCAAGAACAGCCACAACCACCCUCCUCCCUCUUCUUCCAUGCCUCCGAAGAACCAAUAACAACAACAAUGGAGUCGCUGCUGUUGAAGGCAGUGAUGACAACCACAAUAACAAUCGCCGCUGUGCUUCUGUCGGCUGUAAGUUGAAGGCCAUGGCCUUAACCAGCUUUUGCCACCUCCACAUUCUUUCGGAUUCGAAGCAGAGGCUCUACAAGGCUUGCAAUUAUCUAAUCCAAAACAACCCAGCAAGACCUAUAACAUGUGGGAAGCCAAUACUGAGAUCCACUACCCCUUCUCUUUGUACUGUCCACUUCCAAAAGGCUCAGAAGCAUGUAACCAGGGCCUUGCGGAAGGCGGGGCUUAACGUUUCCUCAUCAAGUAAACUUGCUCCCAAGUUCCAUGUGAUCGUGGCAGAAUACAUACGCCAAAUCCAAUCCACACGAAGAGCCGCACGAAAGGAAAAUAAAAGUAAAGUUGCAAUAAAGGAAGAAACAGCUGAUUGACGCCCAUCCUCUUUCUCCUUAAACUAGAUGCAUGGUGAACCUGCUAAUUGUGUAAAUGAAGCAAAA